AUGUCAGGCAUUUUCGCGGAAGUUGGACAUUUUUUCGUGGAUGUUGGUCAUUUCUUGGAAGGCGGGCAUUUCGUGGAAGUCAGCCAUUUUGUUUUUUGUGGAUGUCAGCCAUUUUGUUUUUUGUGGAAGGCGGCUAUUUUGAUUAUUCGUGGAAGGCUGCCAUUUUGUUUAUUCGUUGAAGUGCAAAUUUUGGAUGAUUUUGCCAUGGAUUAUAAUUUAUACUACUCUGCGAUUACAGCCAGUACUAACUCAUACAGGGCCAAGAAAGUAAUGGCACAAUUUUGCCGGAAAAUGAGCGACUCCAACUACUCACUGAGUGCGACCCAAAGCGACCUGAAAUGCGUAUCGUAA